CCUCCAGGAAGUCCUCCGGGGAUUCCUCCAGGAAGUCCUCCGGGGAUUCCUCCAGGAAGUCCUCCGGGGAUUCCUCCAGGAAGUCCUCCGGGGAUUCCUCCAGGAAGUCCUCCGGGGAUUCCUCCAGGAAGUCCUCCGGGGAUUCCUCCAGGAAGUCCUCCGGGGAUUCCUCCAGGAAGUCCUCCGGGGAUUCCUCCAGGAAGUCCUCCGGGGAUUCCUCCAGGAAGUCCUCCGGGGAUUCCUCCAGGAAGUCCUCCGGGGAUUCCUCCAGGAAGUCCUCCGGGGAUUCCUCCAGGAAGUCCUCCGGGGAUUCCUCCAGGAAGUCCUCCGGGGAUUCCUCCAGGAAGUCCUCCGGGGAUUCCUCCAGGAAGUCCUCCGGGGAUUCCUCCAGGAAGUCCUCCGGGGAUUCCUCCAGGAAGUCCUCCGGGGAUUCCUCCAGGAAGUCCUCCGGGGAUUCCUCCAGGAAGUCCUCCGGGGAUUCCUCCAGGAAGUCCUCCGGGGAUUCCUCCAGGAAGUCCUCCGGGGAUUCCUCCAGGAAGUCCUCCGGGGAUUCCUCCAGGAAGUCCUCCGGGGAUUCCUCCAGGAAGUCCUCCGGGGAUUCCUCCAGGAAGUCCUCCGGGGAUUCCUCCAGGAAGUCCUCCGGGGAUUCCUCCAGGAAGUCCUCCGGGGAUUCCUCCAGGAAGUCCUCCGGGGAUUCCUCCAGGAAGUCCUCCGGGGAUUCCUCCAGGAAGUCCUCCGGGGAUUCCUCCAGGAAGUCCUCCGGGGAUUCCUCCAGGAAGUCCUCCGGGGAUUCCUCCAGGAAGUCCUCCGGGGAUUCCUCCAGGAAGUCCUCCGGGGAUUCCUCCAGGAAGUCCUCCGGGGAUUCCUCCAGGAAGUCCUCCGGGGAUUCCUCCAGGAAGUCCUCCGGGGAUUCCUCCAGGAAGUCCUCCGGGGAUUCCUCCAGGAAGUCCUCCGGGGAUUCCUCCAGGAAGUCCUCCGGGGAUUCCUCCAGGAAGUCCUCCGGGGAUUCCUCCAGGAAGUCCUCCGGGGAUUCCUCCAGGAAGUCCUCCGGGGAUUCCUCCAGGAAGUCCUCCGGGGAUUCCUCCAGGAAGUCCUCCGGGGAUUCCUCCAGGAAGUCCUCCGGGGAUUCCUCCAGGAAGUCCUCCGGGGAUUCCUCCAGGAAGUCCUCCGGGGAUUCCUCCAGGAAGUCCUCCGGGGAUUCCUCCAGGAAGUCCUCCGGGGAUUCCUCCAGGAAGUCCUCCGGGGAUUCCUCCAGGAAGUCCUCCGGGGAUUCCUCCAGGAAGUCCUCCGGGGAUUCCUCCAGGAAGUCCUCCGGGGAUUCCUCCAGGAAGUCCUCCGGGGAUUCCUCCAGGAAGUCCUCCGGGGAUUCCUCCAGGAAGUCCUCCGGGGAUUCCUCCAGGAAGUCCUCCGGGGAUUCCUCCAGGAAGUCCUCCGGGGAUUCCUCCAGGAAGUCCUCCGGGGAUUCCUCCAGGAAGUCCUCCGGGGAUUCCUCCAGGAAGUCCUCCGGGGAUUCCUCCAGGAAGUCCUCCGGGGAUUCCUCCAGGAAGUCCUCCGGGGAUUCCUCCAGGAAGUCCUCCGGGGAUUCCUCCAGGAAGUCCUCCGGGGAUUCCUCCAGGAAGUCCUCCGGGGAUUCCUCCAGGAAGUCCUCCGGGGAUUCCUCCAGGAAGUCCUCCGGGGAUUCCUCCAGGAAGUCCUCCGGGGAUUCCUCCAGGAAGUCCUCCGGGGAUUCCUCCAGGAAGUCCUCCGGGGAUUCCUCCAGGAAGUCCUCCGGGGAUUCCUCCAGGAAGUCCUCCGGGGAUUCCUCCAGGAAGUCCUCCGGGGAUUCCUCCAGGAAGUCCUCCGGGGAUUCCUCCAGGAAGUCCUCCGGGGAUUCCUCCAGGAAGUCCUCCGGGGAUUCCUCCAGGAAGUCCUCCGGGGAUUCCUCCAGGAAGUCCUCCGGGGAUUCCUCCAGGAAGUCCUCCGGGGAUUCCUCCAGGAAGUCCUCCGGGGAUUCCUCCAGGAAGUCCUCCGGGGAUUCCUCCAGGAAGUCCUCCGGGGAUUCCUCCAGGAAGUCCUCCGGGGAUUCCUCCAGGAAGUCCUCCGGGGAUUCCUCCAGGAAGUCCUCCGGGGAUUCCUCCAGGAAGUCCUCCGGGGAUUCCUCCAGGAAGUCCUCCGGGGAUUCCUCCAGGAAGUCCUCCGGGGAUUCCUCCAGGAAGUCCUCCGGGGAUUCCUCCAGGAAGUCCUCCGGGGAUUCCUCCAGGAAGUCCUCCGGGGAUUCCUCCAGGAAGUCCUCCGGGGAUU